CUUGCUCUCCUUCGUCCGUAGACUUCAUGUCUGCAAGCCUUCCUGUGGAGCUUCUCACAGUGAUAAUCUCACUAUGCGCAAAGUCUGAUUUCCCUGCUCUCUGUCUCGCGUCCAAGACCUUUCACGAUAUCACUGAGCCUCUACUUUAUCACGAUGUCUGUAUCUCAUGCCGAGACGUCGAGACGGAUACCGAAGCGAGGAACAUGUUUGACCGUAUCGUUGGCUUAUUCGAAGGACUGAGGAACAACGGAUAUAGAGCGGCUAUGGUGAAGAGGCUGGAAGUAAUGGAAUUGUAUGAUCACCGUGACGUGUCUGAAGCCCAUCAAAUACCAGGCUUUACCCCAGUACUGCAUACACACGGAAACUCAGAACCCUUCAUAUCGCAUGUCUACCACCGACUUGGCAUGCUAUCCAUGGGCAUCGCGGCCGUCCUAUCCGUCCUACCUGAACUCUCUACACUCCAUAUUAAAAGUCACGAAACACGAAGAGGCUUUCCAGCAGUCAAUCUUCUGGGACUUGUCUCAUGCCCUGCACUUCGCCAAUUCUAUUUAAACGUACCCGACGACGAUUCACCGGACCGAGCCACGCUGGCUUACUUCUUCCAACGUCAUUCGCAGCUGAAGAACGUCAAGCUCCUCAUCCUGCUCCAAACGCAACUCGUGCUGGAGGUCGACGGGCCUUUAGAUUUGCCCAAUUUGGAGCAGGCGGAAGCUCCGAUGGCAUUCUUCUCUAGUUUAGCGAAGACUACGCCUUUGCAACAUGCUUUAGUCGUUCUUGGGGAUCCGAGGAGGGAUCGGCUUCUCUACCAAGACUCAUAUGGCCAAGAAGUGAUCGAGAGAGUCAUGUUGAGGCUAGCCCUCAACAGAUUCGAGUCCCUUUCGUCCCUGACAGGCUUGACGAUCACACAAACGACGACCUUCAGGUCACUACACAUCAUUGCCAAUUAUCUCCCCCAUCUUGAAGAACUCGAGAUCAGAUUCCCAACCGCACCGAAUCAGCCAAUAUCACGACUUGAUUUGUACCCGCAGCAAACCAUCAGUACGUUUGCGCAGGAGUUUUCGCGGUUCGAUCGCCUACGUGGUAUUGCGUUCGUCUGGAUCGUAGGCCCUCGUGGAGAAACAGAUAAGAUUGUCGAGGAUGAUGACCACGAUUUCAGCGCAGUGGUUAGCUGGGGUUCUGCAUGUCCGACACUUUCUCGUUGUGAACUAUACGGAACUGUUUGGGAGAGGCCACACCGGCAUGGUGAAUGGAGGCAUGUACAACCGUGAAGACGACGCCCGUCUUGCGCGGAAGUGUGAUCAACUUUCGCGUCGAUAUCGUCUUACCGGCUGCAUCGUCUUCGUUCGUAGUCUGGGACUUUGCUACUUGUCCUGCCUCCUCAAUUGUUCCAUUCAAAUGCUUAUUCAUCAUUUCGAGUUCGCCAGUUGUAGCAGCGCCCGUGUACAAAUAUCAAGACGUUACUUGUCAGCCUUUUAUAUCGAUCCUUGUCCUCUCUGCUGUACCCCGUCUCAAAU